AUGGGAAUUUCCGAUACAGGGAGCCCUAGCAUUAGCGAUGAUGUGCUUAAGCUAGAACUCUCGGGACCAGAUAUGCCUGAGCUCAUACUUGUGGACUUGCCCGAAAUCCGUCACUCAGAAGACCAGGAUCAGGAUGAUGAAGGCGUCAACCCUCGGACUAUAGUCCUGGCCGUUAUUUCUGCACAAGUCGGCUAUAACAAACAGGAUAUCUUGAAUAUUGCAAAAAAACACGACAGUCAAAGAGAGCGGACCCUCGGAGUUAUCACCCAUCUGCAUACCCUCAAAUCAGGAUCGGAGCAGGAGCAAAAUUACUUUGAGCUUGCCAAAAACGAGAAUAAAGGACGAUGGAGACACCUUCCACGCGAGCGCGUGAAAAUUGAUCGUCUGCGCUGUCGUCUCAGCAGCAUAAUGUCUAAGCAGAUCCGUCAAAGUCUACCAGGAUUGAUCGAUGGUAUUGAGCAAUGUAUCGCCGAUUGUCAGGGCAAACUGCGCAGGUUGGGAACUGCACGGCCUAAAAUUCAAGAGCAGAGGGGUUACCUCUUGAGCAUCAGCAGCAACUUUGAGAAAAUCACAGGACAAGCUCUCAACGGGAUAUACGCCGACGAAUUCUUCGGCAGACUGAAUGGGGAGAACGAUGACUCCCACGUGCGUGGAUUGCGUUCCCUUGUUCAUGAGCUGAACGAGGACUUCGCGGAAGCGAUGCACCUCAGAGGCAGUCAGCGAAAUAUUCUUGAAUCAAACGAAAGCCCUUUGCCGCAAAGCGAAUAUACCGCAGCUAUUGCUAGACCCUACAUGCACGACUGGACUCCGGAAUACGUUUCACGGGAAACCAUCGAACAGGAGGUUAAUGAACAAGCUCGUCGUCAUCGAGGUAUUGAGCUGCCGGGUACUGUCAAUCAAAUUCUUGUUGGCGACCUGUUUCGUGAAGAGUCGAAACCAUGGGAAGGAAUUGCCCGAGAACACAUGCUCACUACAUGGGAAUAUGUGAGACGCUUUGUGCAUCUGCUGCUCAGGGACCUCAGCGACGAAAACACAUCCUCCCUCUUGCUAAGCUCUGUUAUUGGGUCUGAGCUAGAAAGACUGAAGGAUGCGCUCCUCGAGAAGCUUGGCGAGCUCACCUCGUUACUCAAGCGAAGACACCCUCUGCCCAUUGGAAAGAGCUUCCCCAUGAGUACCCGAGAGUCCAGAUAUAAUCGCCAGAUUUCUGCCCUCAAGGCCAGACUGGCAAAAGAUGAAUCUAUCCAGGCGGCUGUCAUUCUCAACGAGCUCGACCAGGCGAUGGUGUCUCCAGAAAAGCAAUCUGCUUCCGGAAAGAUCGUCGAUCAGAUGCAAGCAUACUAUUCUGCAACUAUCGUGACGUUUAUGAACAAUGUCGUAACUCUUGGUAUUGAGAACUGCUUGCUCGGCCCUCUCGAGAAGAUCUUCACCAGCCAGAGCAUCAACGAAAUGAGCGAUGAGCAGAUUCAAGAUCUAGCCACGGAGCCAACAUUCGUUCGCGAAGAGCGGGAACUCCUUUCCGAGGAACUCACAAAGUUGCAAACCAGUCUGCGCUUGUUCAACCGUUUCAACACAAUCUUGCCGUCGCUCCAAAUGCCAAGUCUCUUCGGUGAGCUCUAG